ACUGAGACAGGAAAAGAAACCACAGACUCCAUUACAGCUCAGCGAAAGACCAUCUAUCUGAUCUCCAACAAUUCUCCAGUGUUUAAAUCUUCAGAGUUGCGCCAGUUAAAAUGAUGGGAAGAUAUAUGCUCAUUCUGUUUGCUUUUCUCGUCGAGGGUGUGUUUGGAGCUGAAGUGAAGUCAGUGAAGGAGGGAGAUCCUGUCAUUCUACACUCUGGUGUUAUCAAAGAACCAGAUGACAUGAUGCUGUGGUACUUUAAUAACACUCGCAUAGCUCUGUUCAAUGGAGAUCCCAAGGAGACCUGUUUAUAUGAUGGUCCUGACGGGAGAUUCAAAGACAGACUGAUGCUGGACGUCAAGACUGCAUCUCUGAUCAUCACAAACAGCAGACCUGAACACACUGGACGUUAUGAAGCAGAGUUCAAAAAAGGAGACAAUACUACAAAGUUGGACAGAGAGAAGCUCGAGUGUAAAAACACAACAAUCAUUACCAAAAAGGGCAACCUUGAUAAAACCAUAAAAUCAUUCAGUCUGACUGUCAGUGGUUCAGGUCUGUCUUCAUGUGAGGUAGCAGUAAUUGUUGGUGUUGUUCUGCUGCUGGUUGUUGGUGUUGGUGUUGGUGUUGUUGGUGUGAUUUACCUUCACUGCAGGAGCCCCAGAAAUGACGAGAAGAAAAACAAACAAGUGCCUGAGAAUAAGUCUUUCUUCCCGAAUGGAAAAGUCUAAUGAUCUGAGAGGAUCGCAACAGCUUGGGCAAAGAAAGCUUCUCUAAAAAUAUGUAAUAGCAAAAUGAGCUGAAACAUUGAAAUGCUUUGCCGAUCUCUCAUUAAUGAUUAAGCGCUUGGUGUUAUCUGUUAUUAAAAUAAUAAAACAGCUGUUACAGGAAACAUAGCUAAUAUUAACUGUGUGAUGCUCAGUCAUAUUGUCUUUCUUAUUGUCAAUUUCAAAUUUUAUCAUUUAAAUAUCCUGUAAUUAUUUGUCAAAGACAGAUGCUUUUAUCCAAAACAACAAAAGAACAUCUGCAGUUUAUAGUUUUUAUAUAAUAAGUACUUUUUGGUUUAUUGUUGUUUUAUUUUUAAACCGUAAGUGAAUGUUGUUUGUGCUUCAUUAAUUAUUUUUACCUUUGUAAGUGGUUUGCAUUUAAAUAUCAAAUACAUUUAUUGUCUAAAUUCAUACUACCGAUGCUUUGUGAUUAUUAAAAUAAUGAAACUAGCUAAAAAGCCCAUUUAUCAGAAACAAAGAAUCAGUUGAGCUCACUGAUGAAGAUGAAUGAAUGUUUGUAGCACCAAAACAAGGACAAAAAGACACUGUUCAUAGCUUUUACUUUGACAGAAGUUGACAAAGAAAAGAGCUGUAAUAACUUUUUUUUUUUUUUUUUAAGUAUAUAAACUUGUACAUCUGAAGUUAA